GUUGACCUUUUGCGCUGUUUGUGUAUUUCUUUGUAAUGUUGUUUUUUUCUUGGGACUGUCAGGAAGAACCGAACGUAAGAUCUGCACAGUUGCACGAUGAAGGGUCAAGACAUGGCUGAUGACAAAUUUUAUUGCCACGUGUAGGCUUGUGUUGUUCUUGAUGUGGAAAUAUAUUUAAGAAUACAAUAGGAUUUCUGCUUUGUGACUAAGGGAUUCCUCCUUUUAAAGCAUGCCUGGAUCUUGUGAAAUAGAGGGCAGAAAUGUAGAAGAAAAAUAAUAUAACCCUGUAAAGUCUGUUGCAUUUGUUGUGACCAUUCUCAAAGAUAAAAUCAAGCAAGGGAAGGUACCUGCAAUUAUAAAAAAGAAGAAGUAAGAGCUACAAUAUAAUAUAAUGGUAUUAUUUUUCCAUUUCUCUAUAUUAUGCAUGAUAUUUUGUACCUUAGGUAUCAAAAUAGGCACCCCAACCCCACCCAGUUAGUUGUAGGUUGUAUGACUUGUAUCCACAUUUCUAGUUUUGUAUGAAUAAGGAUUAGGAUAUACAAUUAUUAUUAUUUGUACAAAGAUUGUACAAAGUAAUGUUGCAUCUUGUGAUUUUUGUAUGUUUGUUGUUAAUGGCGGUUAUUCCCAGCUUUGUUUUGGGAGAUUCCACCUGCGGCGGCGGAGACGACUCCGGCGAGGAUGCCGCCGGCCACGACAAGAAGCAGGCGCUCAAGUACAAACUUGCCGCCGUAGCUUCCAUCCUGGUGGCCGGCGGCCUCGGCGUUUCCCUCCCGGUGCUCGGGAGGAGGGUCCGGUGCAUGAGUCCGGACGCGAGCUUCUUCUUUUUCGUGAAGGCGUUCGCGGCCGGGGUGAUUUUGGCCACCGGAUUCAUCCACGUCCUCCCGGACGCCUUCGAGAACUUGACUUCCCCGUGCCUCGGGGAGAAACCCUGGGUCAGUUCCCGUUCGGCGGGUUCAUCGCCAUGCUUGCCGCCAUGGGGACUCUCAUGGUGGAUUGCUUUGCCACGUCUUAUUUCGCCAAGAGAUGCUCCGGCGACGGGAAGAUGUCGAGUCUUCCUCUUCCCAUCAUCUUCUUUGACACCGUGUCGUAUCUCAGGUUUUAGAGCAUUGACUUUUCACCAGUUUUUUGAGGGCAUGGGACUUGGUGGCUGCAUUGCCCAGGCAGAGUUGAAGUCGAAGGCAACUGCAGUGAUGAUUGCAUUUUUCUCCCUGACGACUCCGGUGGGGAUCGGCAUCGGAAUCGGAAUAUCAAAUGUGUACGACGAGAACAGCCAAAAGGCGUUGAUAACGGAGGGCGUUUUCAACUCCGCGUCCGCCGGAAUCCUAAUAUAUAUGGCCCUCGUCGAUCUGCUGGCCGCCGAUUUCAUGGACCCGAGGAUGCGCCGCAAUAUGAAGUUGCAGUUUGGAGCUAAUGUCUCGCUUCUCUUAGGGGCUGGCUUGAUGUCUCUCUUGGCCAAGUGGGCUUAAUCGCCCUUUCUUUUUUUUUUUGAAUUCUCCUUUCUCCUCUUUUUUGUAUGGUUAUACUCCCUUCGUCCCGAAAUAAAUUACAAUAUUCCAUCACAUUUUUGUCCCAAAAAGGAUUAUAAAGUCAAUAACUUUAUAGUGAUUUG